AUGUGGUUCGUAUUGACAUUCAUGUCUCAUCUGUCUCUUACAAGCGCCAACUUUCUGCGUAACGACAUGCUGGGCUGGAACCCAUCAUACAAUUCGAGCACAUACUACUGGCUAUGCGGGACGAACACCACAGCCGCUCGAUCAGAUUGUGAAUACGCUCUUGAUAAAGCGAUUCAUAGUCCUCUACUCACCGAAAUCGGGAAGAAUACAACCAUGUGGGCUUGGUUCAAUUCCUGCAAAGUAACCGUGUCCACCAAUGAAAAUUACGACACUGUAAACGGCCCUAUCCAAAUGGACGAGUUUCGAGAUGUCGUGAACUGGGGAUUCGGAUCAUUAUGUGGAUUGGGAAUGCAGCGCACCUGGCUCACUCCACACAAUAACACCUGGUAUGCAUAUGUUACAGAAACGGCGUGGGAGCUCGAUAACCGCCUUUGA